AUAAGUAACAACACCUGAAUUGGGGUCGGGGUGUAACCAUUCCAUUCAUUUAGCCUCUAGGGAUUAAAAAUGAAGUGCCAGAUAACCGUUUCAUAUACCCAUUUUGAAUGUAGGUAAUCCAUAAUCCAUGUCAAGUUACUUACCCACAAAAAUGACUGCCCAUUUUCAACUGUGUUCAUUGUUUCUUUAUUCGGAAGUCCAGAAUCACCUGUCGUGACCUUUCUCAGUUUCCGAUUGGGACUCUUGUCACCAGGUUUUUAACAUCUCAAGAGUCUCAAGAAUUAUUGUGCAGCAUCAGAAGCUUAACCCUAAGCUUGACCAUGGCAGUUUUCAGCAUUAUUGAUCAUUUGGUGCUGGACAUAACUCUGCUCAUAUCAGCAGCCAUUGGUAUUUAUUCUAGAUUCUCUGGAGGAAAGCAGCAAACCACGAAGGAAUACCUUCUCGGUAAUCAGAACCAAAGAAUCUUACCAGUUGCUUUUUCUCUCAUGGCUAGUUUCAUGUCAGCUGUAACAUUACUGGGUGUUAGUGCUGAAACUUAUAAUCAUGGAUUCAUUUUUGUACUAAUAAAUUUUUCCUACAUCAUCGGCACUCCAGUUGUCACAAACAUCUUUUUGCCUGUGUUUUUCAAUUUAGGUGCCAUUUCUGUGUACGAGUAUUUAGAAAGGAGGUUUGGUUUUGCAACAAGGCUCGCCUGUUCUCUAGCAUUCACCUUCCAGAUGAUGCUUUACACAGGCAUUGUUUUGUAUGCCCCAGCUCUAGCACUUGAAGCAGUCACUGGUCUUUCUCAAAGAAUGUCUAUCCUCAUUGUUGGCCUAUGUUGUUUGUUUUACUCCACAGUUGGUGGAAUCAAAGCUGUUAUAUGGACUGAUGUCUUUCAGUCCUUAUUGAUGUAUGGUGCUCUAUUGGCUGUUAUCUUUGUUGCUGCUGCAAAAUUUGACGGUGUCUCUGGGAUUUGGAAAAUUGCUGAAGAACAUGGACGUAUCAAUCUUUAUAACCCAUCUUUGGAUCUCACUGAGCGGCACAGUUGGUUAGCUCUAACAGUUGGAGGCUUCUUCACAUUCUUGUCUUUGUAUGCAAUUAAUCAAACUCAAAUUCAAAGAUACUUAACAAUGCAAGACCUGAAUACUGCAACAAAGUCUUUGUGGUUGUCACUGCCUCUCCUUAUGUUUCUUUCCUUUGCAACAUGUUUCUGUGGACUCUCAAUUUUUGCUAUGUACCACAACUGCGAUCCAAUCAGUACGAAGCGAAUUGCAAGCAAAGACCAAUUAAUGCCACUUUUUGUAAUUGACACGAUGCAGCAUUUACCCGGUCUAUCAGGUCUUUUUGUAGCUGGAAUAUUUAGUGCAUCGUUAAGCUCUGUCUCAGCAGCUAUAAAUUCACUCGCUGCUGUCACGGUUCAAGACUUCAUCAAGCCCUUACACUCAGCAGUUUCAAAAGGAGUCAUGCUGGACUCAACUUGCAGUUAUCUUCUUAAAGCGCUGGUACUUUUAUUUGGCAUACUUUGUAUUGGUGUGGCCUAUUUAACUCAAUUUUUCGGAAGCAUCCUUCAAAUGUCUCUGACUCUUUUUGGCGUGAUUGGUGGUCCAGUUUUAGCUGUUUUCACAAUGGGUGUCCUGAAUCCGUACUGUAAUCAGAAGGGUGCAUUAACCGGAUUGUUCUUAGGCCUUAUUUUCUCCUUCUGGCUAGGCUUCAGUGGCCCUAAACCAAUACCCCAAAGGUUGUCUAUUGAUAUUAGUGGUUGUGCCAAUAGCACCCUUGUGACUAUCAACGAUUUAACAAAUGAAAUAUCCAUUGAAGAGGACUCUACAACUGUCUAUCCCCUAACAGAUGAACAGUCUUACAGCUACUUGUUCCGAAUUAGCUAUCUUUACUACAUAGUUCUUGGAUUUUUCUCAACCGCAAUAGUAGCCGUUCUAGUCAGUCUUGUCACUGAAGCAAACAAAAAUUUGAAUCCGUCUCUCUAUGCUCCUUGUAUAGAAAAGUAUGUCAGAAGAUAUCAGAGCAAGAGGCAAAGUAAAACAGUAAUAGUUCCUGAAUCUGAGGCCACCCAAUAUCCUUUGGACAAAAUCGAAUUUGUCAGUGAUCAAGAGGUCAUUACGUAAGUAAGUUACCAAAACUUCAGAUCCAUUGAGUGUAUUUUCUGAUCGCUAAUUUUUGAAGCGAUAUUGAUUGUUAGUAGCACUUUUUUCUGAAAGAGAUACCAAUCGAAUUCAAGGUAUAUUCUGUUUCAUUUCAACUGUGAAUGAGAUUUAAACUCAGAAGUCUGAUUUCUUAAAACCUCUUUAGAGUGGAUCCGUUAAUUUUUGCUAAAUCGGACCGAUUAUAUUCUAUAAAUUCUAAAAUCCUUGACCGUUUCACUCAGAAAAGAUACUGUUGUGAAUUAGCUACAGUAAUAUAAUUUAAAAAUAAAUUAACUAUGAUUCAGCUUUCAUUAGCAAAACAAAUUUAUUGGUGUCUUCUUCAACUCAUUCAGUGACUCAGUCCCUUGAAGUUUAUUUAUAGAUUGUUUAAAAAUCUAUAAGUGCCAAAGUCUCAAAACAUUCUUAUUCCUGGCUGCACUGGUAUUAUGACUUUAUUUCACAGCAGCAGUAAAAAUUAAGAGAUUGAUUUUUCUGCUAGUUAUAAUACUCAAUUUAAGUAUGAAUGUCCCCUAUGAUGAGCAUGAUUCGCAUGAAACCGAAAAUACCUAGGUACUUAGUCCACUGACGAUCAAUCAGGUUUUUAAGAGCAGCUUUUUCAUAUUUUAAAGUGUUCAUGUAAGGGGAAGUACUAGUUCUAGGGAUUUCCUUGUAUCCCACUUCUCACAAAAUUUUAUUUAUGACCAUUGUCUUAUUUAUGUAUGUUAUCUUUUUUUUUUUGUUAAGGGUUUCUCUUUCCAAUUCCUAUCAUGAUGGACUAGUAAUCAAGGUACGCAUUUAAGCAUUCUUGUACAUGAUUCCUUUUCAAAACACAUACAGUGGAGCCCGUAUAUAACGAAGUUCACGGUUCCCAGAAAAACUUCGUUAUAUCCGGAACUUCGUUAAAAGCGGACUCUGUGGGAAAAUUUGGGAAAAAUUACAC